UCGCUAAGCCUGCAACUUAUCGUGGGCUAACCAGCGGCUCUCGAGUUAACCCAGGUUAUCAUCUUUAAACUUCUAACCUUUCCAAACAAAACAAAAACCUCGGAUGGGCGAAGUCCAUGAACUCCAAGAACCAAUCUUUCCAUUUUGGUGAGAAUGGCUGCUGCGAACUUCUUAUCCAAGCUUUCCACAUCGAAUCUGGUCUUGCAGUCGGAUUUCAGAGGGUUUUGCCAUCCUCAUCCCCGUCAACCUCAAAUCCUUGACAAUUCAUGGCUGGGUACCAAACUUUCGAUUCAACCUCAACCUAAUAAUGUCAGACCUCCCGUGUCCAAGCUCCGCCCUCUCGUUGCCACCGUCUCCUUCAGCCUCCCCACUGCAAAGCCCGAGCGAGCUUCUUCCGGCCAGAAAGUUCCCAAAUGGUCUUCGAAGGCUAUAAAAUCAUUUGCAAUGGCUGAACUGGAGGCGAGAAAACUUAAAUAUCCCAGCACUGGUACUGAAUCCCUUCUCAUGGGACUUCUUAUCGAGGGAACUAGUCUGGCCUCUAAAUUUUUGCGAGCCAAUGGAAUCACACUUUUAAAGGUGCGAGAUGAAACUUUGAAGCUGCUUGGAAAAGCAGAUUUAUAUUAUUUCAGUCCUGAGCAUCCUCCACUGACUGAAGAAGCCCAAAGGGCCCUUGACUGGGCCGUUGAUCAGAAACUUAAUUCUGGUCAUGAUGGCGACAUUACCACAACACAUUUGCUUCUGGGCAUCUGGUCUGAAGCAGAAUCGCCUGGUCACAAGAUACUGUCCACCCUUGGCUUUGAUGCUGAGAAAGCUAAAGAGCUAGAGGCCUUAAUGUCUAAUCCUAAAUUUACAGAUGAUUGAUGUUUUACUUUAUAUUUAUAAACAAAAGUAUUGCUUUGAGUGCACUGUAAUCAUUAUUGCAUUUGUUUGUAUAAUAGAUGAAGGGCCUUUCUGCCCCACUGAUUUCAUUUUCA